UGUCCAUAGUCAUUACGUAGACGCCUUUCUUAUAUACAGUCUAUGGUAGACGCCUUAUUAUGUGCCGGAACGUAAAUCGUCGCCUCUGUAUUGGAUGGGUCCCCGUUUAUUUGUCUUUUGCAAUGACAACCAGGUAUCAGUAGAAUAGUUUUGUAACAUUACAGGAUCUUAUAAUACAUCCACGGUUGGAACUGUCGGGCAUCCAUUCGCAAGUUUCCGGCCACACAUAAAGGCCUCGUUUACCAGACGCACCCUAUCAUAGCACGCCAGCUACAUUGAAGACACAAUUCCUACUUAAUGUUCAACCUGCACUGCUGUGAUCUUUAAAGAGCCAAUGAGAACAGUUGCGGUCCUUGGAGGGGGGAUUGGGGGUUUGGCAGCAUCUUACUACCUCUGCAAGAGCCCCCACGUUAGCAAGGUUGUUAUAUUGGAGUCCAGCAGUCGUUUUGGGGGAUGGCUGUGGUCUACCAGGAGGUCAGAUGGUGCAGUGUUUGAACAUGGACCUAGAGGGAUUCGACCUGCUGGGGCAGUGGGGCGCAACACGCUCAAUAUGGUGGAUGAGCUGGGUCUUGCAGGAGAGAUUCUGCCAGUCACCUACAGUCAUGUCGCCUCCAAGAACAGAUUUUUAUAUGUUAACAAACAGCUCCACAGGAUGCCUUCAGGAAUAAGUGGACUUGUGCAGACAGUCCCACCCUUCUCUCGCCCCCUCCUGUUGAGUGUUGCCCCGGAGAUGCUGGUAAAGAAAGGCAAGAAGGAAGAUGAGUCUAUCCAUUCAUUUGUUUCUCGGAGGUUUGGAAAGGAACUGGCAGAUAUAGCUAUAGACAGUUUGUGUCGUGGUGUGUUUGCAGGGGACUGCAGGAAGUUGAGUGUGCGCUCCUGUUUUCCUGUCCUCUACAAUGCAGAACAGCACAGAGGUUCUGUGACACUGGGUAUGCUGUUGGGCACAGGUCCCAAUCCUGUGAUCCCUCCUGGGCCUCUGAGUCAGAGAUCUAUUAAAGAGUCGUGGGCUCAGUGGUCUCUGAGCAGAGGAAUGGAGUCUCUCCCAGAAUCUAUCACAGAGUUCCUAGAACAGAGUGGGAGAGUACAGCUUCACAGAGAGGCAGCUGUUCAACACAUCAGUCCUUCAGCCUCUGGUUGGACGAUCCAUUUGGAGGAUGGAGUCAUGUUAGCUGACCACAUCAUCUCUGCACUGCCUGCUAAAGCUCUCUCCUCAGUCCUGCCCCUCUCCUGUCAGCCUCUCAUCCAGCAGCUGCAGGACAUCUCCACGGUAACAGUUGCUGUGGUAAAUCUGGAAUAUGAAGGUUCCAUCCUGCCUGUAACGGGUUUUGGUCAUCUGGUUCCAUCAUCUGAGGAUCAGGGUUUACUUGGGGUGGUCUAUGAUUCUGUUCCCUUUCCUGAGCAUAACAGACCUAAUGGACAGACUACCAGAGUGACGGUGAUGAUGGGUGGAGCCUGGUUCCAGGAAGUGUUUGGGGUCCCAGAAGCAGUCACAGAUGAAUGUCUUUUAGCCAGAGCCACUGACGCAGUGCAGUGCCACCUGGGAGUCACCACAGAACCCAGCUGGGCUCGGGUUUGUCUACACAGGGAUUGCAUCCCUCAGUAUUAUCAAGGACACUUUCGGAGAGUAGAGUCCAUGCGUAGCUUCAUAAAGGAGAAGAAUCUUCCACUAUCUCUGAUUGGGUCCUCGUAUGAUGGCGUGUCAGUGAAUGAUGUCAUCUUUAGUGGACGGACAGCUGUGAAAGAGUUGUUGGGAACUGGAGUCAACACACAUUUGAUGGCCUAAUGAGCAUCCAGUCAUGUGAUCUUGGGACUCAAUGUACAUUAAUUUAUUUCCAUAAUUUAGCAUUUGAAUUUUGUUUUAGUUUAUUUCCAGAAAUAAGUUAUUGACACUCAUGGAACAGUUUAUGGAUGUGUACAUGAAUGAUGAGAAUAAGCACUUUGUAAAGCCAGUUGCCAUCUAAGAAGUG